GGUUGAGUUCAAUUAGGAAAUGUUUAAAGCUGUAUGGGAUGGAGAGCAUAUGGUCAUGGGAGAUCGCUCAGUGGAAGCUAAAGAAACCAUAAUGGGAAUGGUCUUGAGCUUCUCUUGACACCCUUUUCUUAAUGGCAUGGUGGCCUCUGGGUUCUUGUUUCUGUGAUUAUUUGGUUUGGUGUAAAGGCAUUAGAUGAGGGAUGGGGUUACUUAGGUCUCACAAGGUGGGGUUGGCAGCAAUAGCUUGAGAUCCUUUAGUGUUCAGUGUGGUAUUGGUUAAGCUGGUAGUUAUACAGAACUCACCUGAUUCUAUCUACCUGGUUUUAUCAAAUACCUAUAUAGCACUUACUAUGAGCCAAGCACUUUUCUAAGCAUGUGAUGAAUGUUAAUUUAUUCAAUCCUCAAAACAACACCAUGAACAGGCACUAUUAUUAACUCUGUUUUACACUAUACAGUUAAAUAACUUGUCCAAGUCACACAAUUAGUAGAGGUAGAGGCAGGAUUUGAACCCUGGCUGCCUGGAUCCCAGAGUCCAUACUUUCAGUCUCUAUGACCACUAUGCCCCACAGUAGGUUCAGGCAAAAUUUCCUUUUUAAUUGUCAGAAAGAGCUCUUGCCUUGAAAAUCAGACCAUGGGUUUGAAUCCCUACUCUGCCACCAACCAGCUGUGGUCCUGGACACAGCAUUCAACUUCUGUCCUCUUCAGCUUUCUUAGUGGCCGGUUCCAUGCAGGCAUUCAGGGACUCAGACUGAUGGAGGCACUAUGUCUCCUUUAUAGUCCCAGCUUAGAAAUUACACACAUCACUUCUGUUCAUAUCAGUCAUACCUUGAUACAAGGUGGCUGGGAAAUUCAUUCCCUGGCGGCCUCCACUUUGGAGCAAGUGUACAUAUUUUUGGUGGACAGCUAACCAUCUCUGCCUUAUUACUCAAUGUGCCUUAUGCUUUGAGACUCUGUGUGUGCACUUCUGUGUACACUUGAGCCUGUGCUCUCAGCUUCAUGUCUUCUUCCUGCCUCACCUUUGGGUUUGUCUCAUUGCCUGACCAAUAAUUGACCAUUAAUUACCAUGCAGUCCAUGACUUCUCAGAAUAUAAGACAUGUAGUCAAGAAAAAACUUAGUCCUUGCCCAGCACCAAAACCUAAGGAAGAAAUUAAGCGUGCCCCAAAUUUCAAGCCACAGCCAUCACCUCUAAGCACUUAAUUGCGUUGUGAAUAUUUAUCCAGAUACUAAUCAGCAAAAGAUAGUUUAGGUAGAAGUUGCUAUAACCCAUUUAAUUGGGAAUACAGUUGGAUUGAAUUCACAGUAUUUCUGCAGUUAGAGUAGCAGGUGCAGUUUCCCCAAAAUAGUUAGAUGUUUGAAAGGAAGAUGGACUUAUUUUCUCAAUUAUCCAGAUUAUGUGUUUGCUUUAGUGGAAUGGAGAUAAGUCUCAAUGCUCAUGGAAUUUUCAGAAGGGAAUACUCAUCUAUUUACCACAGCGUCCAUGGAGGAGGGGUUGAUCCACCUGCAGGUGAGAGACAGAGCCCAUUAGCAGUUCAGAAAGGUCACACUCAUGGACAAACCCAAACUGUACUUUGCUGUCUUCCCCUUCACUCUCAGACAAGCAUGGUAAACUCAUGCAGAAAGAAAAUAUGCCUCAACCUUGUACUAAAUGCAAGCUCAUUUUCUUAGAAUGAAGUCUAUAUGAGCAGGAGAGCUGAUCCAGAACAGCUCAUCUCUGACUGGUUUGCAGGUGGCAGUCUCUCACCACAGUGAUGACUACAGGUCUCACCUAGGUGUCAAGCUCAAGUUCAGAGGCUCUGUUUCCCACUACUGUGGAAGAUGGAGGAUGUCAUUAUGAGGGGAAAAAGCCUUAGCUAAUAAAAACAGAAUGUGGUUACCUCCUUAGACAUUGUAUGUCCUUAUGUCCUGCAAGCUAUGUGGUAAGGCAGUUUUCUUGACUACAAGAAGACCAGCAAAAAGAAUUUAAUUACAAGUAAUCGCAUUCCAUGUAAAAACAUAUUUAAAAGGUUUAACAUGAAAGUUUAUUCCAUAGUUCACAGGCAUGAUAUUAGCUUUGCUACAUACUGCUGUAAUUCAAACACAAAUGUAGAGAGAAUAUAAUUUCUUAAAAAUCCCUUGGCCAAGUUUUUUUGUUAACUAUCAUUCAAGUAUUUUGGUGCCACAAAUGCAUUGGUGGGGUGAUGCAUUUUAUAUUGAGAGAAUACAUUCCCCUUACCAGGCUCCUAAAACCAAACUGCCAAUGCAAAAGUAAAAGAGGGCAAAAGGAAAGGUGUGUUUCACCUAAAUGUCAGAUUUAGAAGCAUCUGCCUUGCCUAGUAUGUAUGGCAUUAAUUUCCUGCUUGUUUUUCUAUUGGAAUGCCCCCCUGAGUUGCUUGAAAUUGAAAAUCAAGUCAUGUUUCCUUCAUCAGCUCUAGGAACCAGUGAAAAAAAGGGGGUGGUGGAGAGGUUUCUUUUUAUGAAAAGUUUCUAAAAUCCACAAAGCCUAGAAAAGAGACUGUGUACCACUUUGGGCCAUGAGGCUGGGAUUUUAAUCUCAAAGAGCAUUUGUCCCCCGCUAUCUCCACGCCAGUUAAGUAUCUUCCUCCCUGUAUUAGUUAUCUCUUAUUACAAAAUUUAGCAGCUUAAAAAAGACAUUUAUUAUCUCAGAUUUUCAGUGGGUCGGAAACUCAGGCACAGCUUAGCUGGGCACCUCUGAUGCAGGGUCACAAUCAAGUUUAUCAGACAGGACAACAGUCAUCUCAAGACAUGGCUGGAGGAGGACUGGCUUCCAGGUUUACUGACUUGCUUUUUGGCAAGAUUCAGUUUCUCAUGGGCUGUGAGCAGAGGGUGCCCAAAGCUCCAUGCCAGGGCCUCCCCAUAGAGGAUCUCAAAUACGGCAGCUCGCUUAAUCAGAGCAAACAGUGAGUAAAGCCAGAAAGACAUUGUGAGCAAGACAAAACCCAUGGUCUUUUGUAACCUAAUCUCAGUGACGUCCCAUCACUUUUGUCAUAUCCUAUUUGUUAGAAGCUAAGUUACGUGUUCCAUCCUACCCUCAAAGGAAUGGAAGAUUGCACAGAAGUGUGAAUUCCAGUAGAUGGGACCACUGAGGGCCCUUCAGAAGCUGCCUUCCACACUCCACUCCACAUGUAUCUGGGUCCCUGCCCAUUCCUAUUUGUCCCAGUAGAUAAUUCCCCUUCACUGUCUCGUGUGGUGAACUGGAUCCUUCUCACGAUCUCCUUAUUUUUCAUUCUGAUUUCUCUUGCCUAUUCAAAAUGUAACACUCACGUUAAUUUUCUUAAAAAUUGUUGUGCUCCAUAGCUUAAGAACCUCCAAUGGUUUCUCCUGUUCCUCGCCUCAGACCAGGUAUUGAGGAACUGCAUAUCUGGAAUUAAUCAACUUUUCUCACUCUUUGCUUUAUAGGCUGUAUUUGCAGCCAAAUUGGAUGCUUAUUUGUCCUUGUGCCCUCCCCAUGCUCUUUUGCCUCUCUGCUCAGACCAUUCCCUCGGCGAAUACUACCUUCCUCCCUCUUUCCAGCUGUGAAAAUUCUGGACAAGCCACAACAGUUUUUCUAUGAACUGUCAGGCCAUUUCUGAACCCUUAUAACAUUGUAACCUUAUAACAUUGUACAUUCAUUACGUGACGAUUGCAUUCUUCCUUAUAUAUAAUUAUCUGAGGGUGUGAAACAUCUCUACUCCCCCGCCUCUGCCUGCCAAAACAGGGUAAGGGUCUUAAGAGCAGACAUAGUAGCUUGCUUCUCUUUUAUACCCCCAGGGCACAUGGUGUAGCCCCUGCAUAUAGCACAUGUUCAAUGAAAUUUGCUCUGUCCAUUAGUAUGUGCUUUCCGAAAUGCCUUCACUGUAUUUGGGAAGACAAAGUGAGUGUUUUUAUUUUCAUUUCAUAGAUGAGGAAACUGACACCCAGAAAAUUGACCUACUUGAUGACAAUGACAGAGCCCCAAUUAAGUUCCCAAGUUCCAAUGCCCUGACCUAUAAGAAGGAAAUGACUAAUUCGGGCUUCUCCAUUCAGAUCUGAUUUUUUCUUUUAAAUGUAAAACUACUUAGCUUGACCUGAUUUUUUUAGUGAGAUGAUUCACAGUCACUCAACAACCCCUGGAUUGUAAUAAAUGUUUUAUUCUUUUGAGUUUUUUAACCAUCCCAGGGCAAAGGAGGAAGUAGAACAGAGAUUUUUUAAAUAAAUAAAUAAAAGACCAUCAGGAGUAGGAGGGGGCCCUGAAUCUGCAAUUUCUUGUUCCUCCAUGAAUUAACCUUUCCAACUUACCCCAAAAAGCAGCAUCAGAAACACUGUGCUUUUAAAUGUCACCGUGUGUGUGUGUGUGUGUGUGUGUGUGUGUGUGUGUAUGUGUGUGUUGCUGUCCCUUGAUUCACUUCUGACUAUGUGAUGAAGUAAGUUAUCAUGCAGCUUGUAGUUUGCACAGGUCAAGAGGGUUCCAGUGACCCGAGAGACUUUGCCAGAUGCCUUGGCUGGAACCACAGGCAUUUCUGUCAGGAAAAGUGGUAUAUGCAGUGUGUGUGUGUGUGUGUGUGUGUGUGUGUGUGUGUGUGUGUGUGUGUAGGAGGAGGAGCAACUUAAAAGAGAGACUCAGGCAUGAAGGGUAAUUAUUUCUCAAAACCCACUAUCCAGACCUCUGUAGGCAAUAUUCUGAAUUCAAAAUGACUUUCAGCCAAGUCAUGUUUGCACCUGGGAACUGUGAAAAAUAUUGAAAGCUUCAUAAAGGAGAUGUAACUUGACCAUGACAGGAAGUGACUUACAGCCCCAGAGGCUCAGAUGUAUUGACAUAAGGUAGUGAAGUAGGAAAGAAUUAUGUUUUUUCAAAAAGUCAGAUCUUGGUUUCUCUUUUAUCUCAGUAUAAUGUGUGUGUCCUAGAAUAAAACUCCCUAACCACAGUGCAAAAAUGACUUUCAUGCAACAGGCAUUGUCUGAAUCCUUUGCUUUGGUGGGUCUGAUACUGAUGAAAGUCAGAAUUUCCUCUAUGACUUCUUCAUCCUGCAUCAGUAUUGUGGUUUCCAAAUACUGUAUGAACCUGAAUUUCCAAGUUUCAGGUGGGCCAUGUAGUUGAUGGCAGCAGCAAAAAGUGUUGAAGGAAUUCGCUACUUGAGAUUAAGGCUAUGGUGCCCUAUUCAUAUUAGUAAUUUCUUUGUUCGUGAAUUGUCAGAAACCUUUAUUCUCUAGCAUUUAAUCCCUUGGUUCUACUUUAAGAACAUUUCUUGUUUCUCCACUUGAAUUAGCAGUCUAACGUCCAGCAGCAGGUGAUUAUCCAAAAAGCUGAGGGGAACUGCCCAUAGCUGGUGGGGGAACUGACUCAGAGAAGCCAUGAUCAGCUGGAAAAUUUGAUAUAAUUUUGACAAGUUGGUGGGCCAUUCAUCUUAGCAGUGAGGUGUCUACACUCUGUAGAAAGCAACUUUAUUUUAUGUAACAUUGUGCCUGACAUACUGCUUUGAGGUCAAUCUCAGAAGGGUCUUAGGUUUAGCCAAAGCAUGCUUCAUCAUUUCCCAGCAGGUGACUUCAUAAUACGUGAGACCAUUGAACUUCACCCCUUGAGCCAGGUGCCAUAACACUAAUUUCUACCAGUGUUCCUCCCGUGUUCCCUACAGUGAACUGCACUAAUUUUGUUUCUCCUUUCAGCCCACCUCUCUCCCCUUUCUGUGCGCUGAUCCCAGUGUUAGAGUAACAACUUCAGAUAUCCUGAAGGGAUGACUUUGAUGCCAUUCCUCUGAUCCCACAAGAUGUUUCCCUGUUCUGUGUUACCAGCUGUUUGGGAGGGGGGGGGGGAAGUGCAAUAAAUAUAUAUUUAUCCACAAAGCAUAGCUCUGGCUUUGAAUUUACCGUGAAGAUACAAGUGGAAGAUAGGGUGAAAGUAUAUGAUAUAAGGAAGAGAGUUGAUAAACAUGAAAUUGGUAGAAAGGGCUGCUAUUUCUGAAGCUGCUUAUAUAGGAGAGAGAGCUGUUUAUACUUGGGUGAGAUUGACUACACACGACGGUCCAAAUUCUGGCCCUAAGUACAUGUGGUCAGCCCAUGAGCCCUGGAAAGAAUCUGACUUUGCCUUUAUCCAAAUAUUAGUCAUUGCUGGGUGGAUUUUUUUUAGGAUGAUUUUUGAAAAGAUAAACAAAAUAAGGACACAAAGACCUAGAAGAAAAGCCAGGUCUUACAGGGGACAGGGCUUCUAAUGAUCUUCCACUCUCCCCACCAUCAAGAGGUACCAUAACAGGUAUGAGUGAGGGUGAGUGUUGAGCCUGCCCAUUUCAUAGGUGGACCAGGGCUUGGGAGCUGGUGCAGCCAGUCCAGGCCCAGCGCCUCCUGCCUCCUCAUUUCUGGUUCUGCCCAGCAGACUGGCUGCUGCCUCCAGAUGGGAAGAAGAGCAGGCCAACUUGAACCCCUCCAUGCUGAGUGGAUGGAUGCGGCAGGACCACACGGAGGCCAUUCUUCUCCAGCAAAGCAGUGAUGUGUUCCAGAAUAACCUCCACGUGGAAACUGACUCUACAUCAGAAACCAGCUUUUCUCUCUCCAAAGAAGCACCAGGGGAGCAUCUGGACCACCAGGCUGCACACCAACCCUUCCCCAGACAGCGAUUCCGGCAAGACGCUGGGCACCCUUCCCUACAAAGAGAUGGCCCCAGAUCCUUUCUCCUUGAUCUACCAAACUUUCCAGAUCUUUCCAAAGCUGAUAUAAAUGGGCAGAAUCCAAAUAUCCAGGUCACCAUAGAGGUGGUGGAUGGUCCUGACUCUGAAGCAGAUAAAGAUCAGCAUCCAGAGAAUAAGCCCAGCUGGUCAGUCCCGUCCCCUGACUGGAGGGCCUGGUGGCAGAGGUCCUUGUCCCUGACGAGGGCCAACAGCGGGGACCAAGACUAUAAGUACGACAGUACCUCAGACGACAGCAACUUCCUCAACCCCCCCAGGGGGUGGGACCGUCCAGCCCCAGGCCACCGGACUUUUGAAACCAAAGACCAGCCAGAAUAUGAUUCCACAGAUGGUGAGGGCGACUGGAGUCUCUGGUCUGUCUGCAGUGUCACCUGUGGGAAUGGCAACCAGAAACGGACUAGGUCUUGUGGCUACGCAUGUACCGCAACAGAAUCUAGGACAUGUGAUCGUCCAAACUGCCCAGGAAUCGAAGACACCUUCAGGACAGCUGCCACCGAAGUGAGUCUGCUUGCAGGAAGCGAGGAGUUUAACGCCACCAAGCUGUUUGAAGUUGACACGGACAGCUGCGAGCGAUGGAUGAGCUGCAAAAGUGAGUUCUUAAAGAAGUACAUGCACAAGGUGAUCAAUGACCUGCCCAGCUGCCCCUGCUCCUACCCCACAGAGGUGGCCUACAGCACGGCGGACAUCUUUGACCGCAUUAAGCGCAAGGACUUCCGCUGGAAGGACGCCAGUGGGCCCAAAGAGAAGCUAGAGAUCUACAAGCCCACGGCCCGGUACUGCAUUCGCUCCAUGCUGUCCUUGGAGAGCACCACGCUGGCCGCCCAGCACUGUUGCUAUGGCGACAACAUGCAGCUCAUCACCAGGGGCAAAGGGGCUGGGACGCCCAACCUUAUCAGCACUGAGUUCUCAGCUGAGCUCCACUACAAGGUGGACAUCUUGCCCUGGAUCAUCUGCAAGGGUGACUGGAGCAGAUACAACGAGGCCCGGCCUCCCAACAAUGGACAGAAGUGCACAGAGAGCCCCUCGGAUGAAGAUUACAUUAAGCAGUUCCAAGAGGCCAGGGAGUAUUAAGGAGAUGCCACCUCGGGUAUUUGUGACACAAAUGCACUACACUGAUCUACCGCUUGGGCAGCGCCCCUCUUAUCCGCAUACAUGUAUAUUUGUAUAUACCACAUGGGUAUUUUUCAUAAAUUACACUAGGGGUGUGCACCAGCCCCAGGUGACUGCCAUCUGAAGCCACCUUGCCAUCUGAAAUGCCCACAGAGCUCCUUGAAAUUCCUCCAAGGGGUGAUGUCAGCAGGAGGAUGAGGACAAAGAAGCCAGAAGAACCUGGAAGCCAUAGUGGGUGAGAUUCAACUCACACCCCGAUCCAAUGUUUUCUAGAGAAGCAAAGAGGAAAAGACUGAGUUGUAAACGUUAUGAGCAGUUUUUAUAUAUAACUUAUUUAAUAUGAAUGUGACUUAAGCAUAAACUUUUUCGCUGGAGUUGUGAAACUGUUUAAUCCCUUCUGUGAGAGUUCAGACAGGGGCUUCCGGAGGUGGGAGAGAAAGGGAAUUUUGUAAUGAUUUAAAAAAAGAAAAACUAAAUAACUCAACAUAAGUGUAUCAAAAUAAGAAACGGCCACCUAAAAACAAAUAUUCUUUAGUCCUGAGGGACCUUGCUGGAGUCUCAGCUUCCAAAAUGCCCUUGCCUAAGAUUGAAUAGGGGGUGGGGGGCACAUGGGUAUUUGAGGGACAAAUCUGAUGACUGGUUUUAAAUAGGCUUUAAAAGGCCAAUAUUAGCAUAAUGCUAUAAUUCUACUGAAAGGCUUCAGAGUAGGAGACGUUCUGCUCAUGUCUUAGUAGGUUCAGAAGGCUGCAGGAAGGGCAGAUGUAAAAAUAGUAGCACUUUUCCAAAGAAAAACAAGCAAAAUAAAUGGUAAAAGAAUAUAAACCUCAUUUCAUCUAUUUUAUUUUAAUACCAUCGUAACAUUUUUUUUCUCCACCAAUAUAUUCCCAGUAAAUACAUAUAAAAAGAGUAGGGGGACUCAUGUUUAGAAAAAAAAACUAAUUUUUUUAUGUUUUAAGAAAGGGGAAAAAACUACGUUAUUUUUGUAAAGUAUUUAUUGAGUCACUGAGUCUUGUGCUUCAAGCAAUUACCUGGUUCUGUAGUGUGGAACUUAGGACAAAUAAAGAAUUUGUUCUUAUGAAAUCUUUACUUGCAAAACUCCAGGAAAAGAGAAUAUAUAAUAAAAUCAUAAUAAAAUGUGUUACCUGCAAUAAAUGUGCUACCUGCCAAUAUUUAUGAUACAAAUACCAUAAAUAAUCCUGGUAAGCCCUGGACUCCAAGGCAGGGGGAGAGGAAGGUCUAAACCAGGUGGGAAUAAAAGGCUCAUUGAUUGAUGUGAUGGUGGGUGGUAUAACUCAGCAUCUUUGGCACCAAGAACGUCAGCCCAGUCCCCAGGAAGCUGAAGUCAUUGACCCACAGGUAAGUUUUUGCCUCCUCAGAGCUAAGAAGGAGCUAAGAAAACCAAGCCAGAGGAAAGGUUUAAGACAGUCCAGGUGAGCAGGGCUGCUUCCAGACAAAAUUCAGAAAUUACAGUAGCAAGUAGAACUAAUCAUGCAGAUUAUUCCUUUUACAGAUGAGAAAACCAAAACUCUGGGGGGAGGGGGGGGAAAUAUAUCACACUGGACCCAACUUUCUUUUCCUAGCCUAUUGACAUCUGAAGGAAUUUUAGGUAACUGAACUGGUAGGGAGAGAAUCAAUACACCUAUAUAUCAGGGAAGCAGAUUUGGUUUCUAUAAUAGGGAAACUAUUUUUGCAAAGAGAGUUGGUUGCAUUGGAUUGCAUUACUUUUGAGGUGGUGAGUUCCCUGUUGAGACAGGUAUUCAAGCAGAGACUGGAAAUGAAGCACAUGAGAAACUCAACCAAAUGAGGAGAGAAAAAAACGUAUAAUAGCCCUCUGAUAAAUGUUUUAUUAAGGAUAAAUGCAAAGUACUAUGGGAAAACAGAGGCAGGAAUCAGGUAAGUACCUUCGAGUCCAAUGGAGGUGUGGUAUUUCAUAAAGCAAAGAGGGAGGGAGAAAUGGAGGCAUUUGGAGUCAGAAAAAAAGAACAAAAACAAGGAAUUAGGAAUGAGCUUGGUGUUUCCCAAAGGCUAGUAUGUUUAGAAUGAUAAGCAGAGGAACAAGAGUGGUAAGUUAUGGAGCCAUAUCUAAGGUGUCUUUAUUAAGGAUUUAGCCUGGAAGACAAAAAGGAACAGAGCUCUUUCCUACUACAGUGAGAAUGACUGAUAUGAGCAAUGUUUGCAAUGGGCUCUUUGCCUUUUCAUAUCAGACUUUGCUGACCUAGUGAAAUGAGAGUUGGAAGGUGAGGUGAAAUGGGAGCAGAGAGGUCCCCGGGCUUUUUGCCUACUGAAUACAUCCCUACUCUCCAGUACAAGUUAGUGUCACACCUCUGGAAAUUUGUGGAACUAUGGUCUGCCUCUAAUCAGGAUAAUCUAGUUGUCAGUCCCAAAGCCAAUGAGUGAUGCUCAGAAAGCCAGACCCCUCUGCUCAGCUAUCUAAUAAGACAAGGCAACCUUGUCUGAUUCAGCACAGGGCUUCAAGCCAGCCCCUUGGUAGCCCCAAGUAAUUCUCUCCUUCGAAGUGGAGCAUGUGCUCAAGGGCCAACUUUGCCUGCAGCAGAGAAGGCUGCACCUUCAACAACAGCACCUGUAAAUAUGACCCUCAACAAGUGCUCUACAAAUGACUUUCAUCAAAUUUCUUGCUCCUUUGCUGGAAAAAGAGUCCUUUUUCUAAUCACUGGGCCUCCUGGGUGCCAUGUGAGCAAGCCAAUAGUGGCAAACAGAGAUGCCCAAGGCCCUCUAGUGGCUGCACAUGGGAAAGUUGAGAAAGAGAACAGGGACAACGGAACUUUCUCUUUGGCCCCAUUACAGUUGUCCACCAUGAUUACAGGCUCUGGGGUGUUUCUGCCUGUGUAGCUCAGCGGCCAAGAGGAUAGAGUUCUCCAGCCUAACAUCAGGGAUCAAAGAAUAGGUACUAUACUAGCCACCCUUUCCUGAGCACACACUUUGUGCCUCUGUGCAGCUCACAUUAACAUGGGAGGCAAGCAUAGUGCAUCACAUCCAUUUUACAGAUGAGGAAAAAGAAGCCCAACCAGGUUAGCAAAGUUGCCCAAAGUCAUAAAUGCUCCAUAAAUGGCAGAGCCAGCUGAAGCCAGUUCUUUCUAAUCACCAACCCAACAUUUGUAACCUUAACCCUUGUUCUACUCUCUUCCUAAGUCUUCACAGCACUCACAGGAUCAGUUUGGUGUUUGUUUGUUUUUCUCUAACUCACUCUGCCUUUACUUGAAUUGUUCAAAUCUGCCAAAUGUCCCUGCAUCAGCCCUUAUGAUAUCUCACAUUGGAGACAGAGUAUCUGGCUUUAUUUCUACAUAUUCUGCUCGGUUCUGUCAUUCUGUAAGAGGAUGCUUGCUCCUAUAGCAGAGCCCUUGCUCCAGUUGGGUCAGUAACAGAACUCAACAUUUCUAGCAAACUUACUGCAAGCAAACCCCAUGCUGUUGCCUGUUGGGUAGGCCUCAGAGGCAGGUGUUGUGUCUCUUACUUUUCUACACUCUCAGCUCCUAGCACUGCCCCUGGCAGAUGUCAGACAAUGUGCAGAGGGCUUAAAAAUUUGAAGGUUGAGUCAAACUUCCUGGAUUCUAGUCCUGGCUUCCACAAUUGCCUGUUGGGUACCACUGGAUAGAUUAAUCAGCCUCUAUGCAUUUCAGUUCCUCAUACAGUUGUUAUGAGAAUGAAAUAAGAGCCAUGAAGUUCUUGGAGCCUGUCAGAUGCAAUGAAGUUUGGACAUUGGGAUUUAGUCACUUGAAAAAUGUAUAUUGAACAUCUCCCAGUUGCCCAGCAUUGUUCCAGAUGCCAGAGAUAAAACAGUAUACAAAUACAGAUACUCCUGUUGGAGGGCAGACUGCUGAAAAAUAAAGACAUAAUCUGAGAUAAUGAUAAGUGAUAUAAAGAAGAAUAAAUUAUUUGAUUACA